UCCGGUCCGUGUCCUUGGGGCUCCGCGUCCCGUCCCACCGGCUUUCCCUGCGCCGCCGGCUCUGCGUCCGGGAAGCAUGGCGGCCGCGGCGGCCGUGGUCUGGAGGCGCGGGCUGGCGGGGGCCGCAGCUGUGGCCAGGGGGGCUGGACGACCCUCGGUGCUGCUGCAGCGCGUGAGGCGGGAGAGCGCCGCGGCCGACGCGCGCCCCACUGUUAGACAACAGAAUGAUGUAAUCCACAAGCAACUGUCAGCUUUUGGAGAAUAUGUGGCUGAAAUCCUGCCCAAGUAUGUUCAACAAGUUCAGGUGACCUGCUUCAAUGAGUUGGAGAUCUGUAUCCAUCCUGAUGGAAUCAUCCCAGUGUUGACUUUCCUCAGGGAUCACACCAAUGCACAGUUCAAAUCCUUGUCUGACUUGACAGCAGUAGACAUUCCAACUCGACAGAACCGUUUUGAGAUUGUCUACAACCUGUUAUCUCUGCGCUUUAACUCACGGGUUCGUGUGAAGACUUAUACAGAUGAGCUGACACCCCUAGAAUCCAGUGUCUCUGUGUAUAAGGCAUCCAAUUGGUAUGAGAGGGAGAUCUGGGACAUGUUUGGAGUCUUCUUUGCUAACCAUCCUGACCUAAGGAGGAUCCUGACAGAUUAUGGCUUCGAGGGACAUCCUUUUCGGAAAGACUUUCCUCUCUCUGGUUAUGUUGAGUUACGCUAUGAUGAUGAGGUAAAGCGGGUGGUGGCCGAGCCAGUGGAGUUGGCUCAAGAGUUCCGAAAAUUUGACCUGAACAGCCCCUGGGAAGCCUUCCCUGCCUAUCGUCAGCCCCCUGAGAGUCUCAAGCUUGAAGCUGGAGUCAAGAAACCUGAAGCCAAGUAGCUCCAGGGAAGACAUGUGGAUCUUAAAGAGUACACCUUAUCUAUGAGUGUCCUUGUAAAUAAAUUCCUAUGUAAAACUC